AUGGAUCCCUCAUUAGAGAUACAUUAUAAAGGUCAUAAACGUGGCGUCACGAAUGUCAGUUUUGGCCCCAACGGCAAGCAGUUGGUUUCUUCCUCUCUUGAUAAUAGUCUUAUGCUAUGGAACUCUAAACCGCAAACUCGAGCGAUUAGAUUAUUGGGGCAUGCUGAUGAGGUUUUAUGUGCUUGUUUUUCUUCAAGUGGUGACAUUAUCGCUUCCGCAUCCAAAGAUCGCACUGUUAAAUUAUGGCUUCCUAAUACCAAAGGAGAAUCUGUGACUCUACGAUCUCACACUGCUCCAGUCAGAUGGGUUGAUCUAUCUUCUGAUGGCAUUUUUCUUUGCUCUGCUUCUUCUGAUAAAACUGUUAAGGUUUGGAACAUUCAGCGCCAGAAAUUUGUUUACAGUCUAAGUAAACACAACAACUGGGUUCGUUGUUGCAAAUUUUCACCUGAUUCACGACUUAUAUUGUCUGCUUGUGACGAUAAAUCUAUCCGUUUAUUUGAUUGCCGAACACAGGACUGUGUUACCACCUAUAAUGAAACCCUUGGAUUCGCUACUCAUAUCGAUUUUCAUCCAAGUGAAACAUGUUUCGCCUCUGCAAGUACUAAUUGUGCUGUAAAGAUUUGGGACCUUCGUAUGAAACGUCUUGUUCAACAAUAUAAUGACCAUUCUGGGUCUGUUCUAGGAGUCAGUUUUCAUCCAUCUGGGGCCUAUCUCCUUUCUAGUUCUGAUGAUUCCACAGUUAUGGUCUUUGACUUACUGGAAGGCCGUCCGAUUUACACUCUUAGUGGCCACAAAGGUCCUAUUUCUGCCAUUUCGUUUUCCCCUAAUGGGGAUUAUUUCGCUUCUGGUGGCGCUGAUAGUCAAGUAUUUCUUUGGAAGACCAACUUUGAUCAAAAUCUUCAAUCAACUAAUGCUGCUCGAGAUUCCGUCAUGGAUCUGAUCAAAGUGCGGCCCUCCAUAUUAACAGAACGUCGGUAUGUCCGAGACACGUAUUGCCCUCAGGAAUAUCAAAAUGGGGAUCAGUUAUCCUCUGAUCAGCAACCUCGACCGUCUAUCAUUCAGAAAUAUAUUCAAUAUCGUGAUAAUUCUAAUACUGAAGUUGUGAACUCUGAAACUCCUAUUCGAGCUAAUGAAACAUUCAAAGAACCUUGCCUUCUAUCCGCGAAAGAGAAUCUGCAGAACUCGGAGGAAACUUCUUCUCCCUUAAAUUUUCCUGAAAAAAAGCGGCAACAACCAGAAAAUGUCAUCUCUAUGUUAAAUAACAUCUCAUCUCAAUUGAGUAUUCUUACGCAAGUAAGCGCAACAUGA